AGUUAGAUGCCGUCCAGAUCAACAAGCCACUAUUUUGGAAGCAGUUUGAGAAACAGUCACUGUUCCUCAGUUGAUGUCAGUCGUUAUCUGCGUUUCCAGCCAGACGUGUUACGCGUUAUCAGCGAUAAACCAGCACUAAACCAGCCAGGCAGCCACAUAGCCCCGAACCGAUAAGGUUGGGUGACAUCUUCGGUUGAACUUUAGGACAGCUAGCCUUUUUUUUUCCUUUUUUUUUUUUUUACAUUCACUUCACACCAGACAAGUGUGUGACAGCUAUAGAAGCGAGUCUUCUGCUUUUAUUUAAUUUCUUAAGGUUUAUGAUUUAGAAAUCAAGAACUUCCCAUCGUUUAUUCGACAACUUGUCAUUAGCGCUAACGCUAGCCAACUUCAUUUUUUUUUUCUCCUGAAAAACAACAGCACUCGGUUUAUUUUUAUACGUCAAGCUACCGUCCGUUGUGUUUUUGUCAACAAGCCACUUUUCCUCGAAGAACUACCUACAGAAUUGUCGAUAUUUAGCCAGGGAGCAAAGUGAGCUUAUCUUUUUAAGAAGAAGUGUUGGCGUCAGCUUUGACUAGCCAGCUAACAACAAGCCUUUCAUAAACCAUCAUUUCAACCAUCACUGAGGAAGAGGCUUGUGUUGUGCUGCAUUCACGACCUUUAACUUUUAAACAGCCCAACGCUGCAGGAGCGACUUUUGAACGUCACCUCUCGCAUUUUAACAUAAUACCUGGGUGCUAGAGAAAGGCAGAGAGAGCCAGACCCGAAGCAGGCUGUGUACAGUCACGGAAUCCCUCAUCGGAUUGUUAUAAUAUCAGUGUUAUUGUUGAAAAUGGCGGCGGUCGGAAUGGUGCAGAUGUUGAUCGAAGCAGCUGAGUACCUUGAUCGCAGGGAACGAGAAGCUGAACACGGUUAUGCCUCCAUGCCCCCCUUCAGCAGUCGAGAGAGGGAAAGCUUGAAAAGGAAAAGCAAAAGCAAGAAAAACACAAGUAGCAGGUCUACGCACAAUGAAAUGGAAAAGAACAGACGGGCGCAUCUACGGCUGUGUUUAGAGCGCUUGAAAUCCCUCGUUCCCUUGGGACCAGAUGCUAACAGGCACACCACCCUCAGCCUGCUGAUGAAGGCCAAAGAUCACAUCAAGAGGUUGGAGGAAAGCGAUAGGAAAGCUCAGCACACCUUGGAGCAGCUACAGCGGGAGCGGAGACACCUGAGGAGGCGUCUGGAGCAGCUGGGAGUAGAGAGGACCCGUAUGGACAGUACAGGCUCCACCAGGUCCUCCGACAAGUCUGACUCUGACCAGGAGGACCUGGAUGUGGACGUGGAGGGGACAGACUACCUGCUGGGUGACCUAGAGUGGAGCACCAGCAGUGUGAGUGACUCAGGGGAUGAGCGGGGCAGCCUGCGCAGCAGCUGUAGCGAUGAGGGCUACUCCAGCGCCAGCCUGCUGCGCCUGCAGGACACUCAGGAGAUGGUCAAGCAGCUGGGCUGCAGCCUAUAAACAGCACUGGUCGCUGAUCCAGCACCCAACUCCUCCCUUCAGCCAAUCCCGUCCCAAGAUUAUCUCACCACUCCUCGGUCCCGCUCAGAUUCCCCCCCCCCCUCUCCUCUCCCCCUUCCUUCUUAACCAGGACUGACCAAGUUUGAGGCCUCUCCCUGCAGCCAGGCCUCCGCAGACUGUGUGUCUGCACGAUGACUUCCAUACAGACUGUAACACCUCUGAGACACCCGCCCACAUCCAGCCCAUCAUCAGCGGUCAGUCUUUAGGGUGUCGCCUGCUCUGCUCCGCACCAAUCAAACGAGCGGGAUUUUAAAGACACUCCACCCCCCACCCCACCCCACCGCCCCGCCGUCUGUCAGAAAUCCAACUUUCAGCCAGAGAAUGUUACCACACAAUGUCCCACUGCCUCUUUUUCUAUGCCUCAAGAGCCAUGGGAAGCACUUAUGAGAUUUCACCCUCAAUUCACACACACACACACACACACACACACGCAUUAACACACACAUGUUCACACACCCCUCCAUUGGUCCCAGUCGUACAGUGAGACCCAAAGGUGUGACACUGACAUGAUGUGGGGCUCUUUUUCUGCCCCGCUCACUAGUCAACCAUCCGUGCAUGGUACUUUGCACUUAAAAUUGCUUUUGUAAACGAAACUGUCAUCUUUUUUCAAACACCGUCUCUUAAAAAACGUAAAGGCCCCCCGCUGCAGCUACGGCAGAAAUGUUACCAGAUGAAGUGAGUGUUUCGAAAUACACGUCGGUCAGCAGAAUUCGUGGACACUAAUCUAGACUGUGUGUGCGGUGUUAACCUGUCGGGUCCGACAGCAAUACGUCCCUUAGUACCCAGGCUUUGGCAGGCAACCUCACAAAAAAAACCCACCCUGUAAUUUUAUGUCCACACCUGCCAUUCAGAGGAAAAAAAAGGAACAAAAACAAACAAAAAAAAAAAAUAUUGUGCAGCAUGAGAUUGUGAAGGGUUCGGGGCUCACGGGAGGGUUUUGGGGGGGUGGGUUUGAUGUUUUCUGCCUCUCUCUGAUGACGGUGGCGUUUUUUAGGGGGUCCUUUUCUCACGUGUGUGUAUGUCACGUCCGAGCCUGGUGGCGACGGUGGCUGCUAGCGGGGUUCGGAAAAACAUUUAACGCCAGCCACCAGGCCCGAACGCUGGUAUGUUUUGGCAGGUGCUGGUACAUUCUUGUACACUACUCCUUCACUGCCCUGCUCACCAGGUAUUUACAGGAAGGGAAAAUCCUCUCUACUGAGAGCAGUCGCGAGACUGGAGCACAUUCCACUAUGUAGAGAGGACGGACGGGUGAGGGUUAUUAUUUUUGUUGGAUGUUCCGGCCGGUUAUCUAUGAAGGGGGUUUGAGAGAAGGUCGAGUCACCCUAGAAAAGAACGACCGGCUUUGGCUUUUUUUGUGGGAACACGUGGAGAAGAGCCUGAUUUUUUUUUUUUUUUCUUUUCUCCGUGUUCACAUAUGAAAAGCAAUAAAAGUGAAAUUUUUUCUCCUUUGCCUUCUUAGCUAUUUAUUGUUUCUGCAAAAGACAGUACUCCUUUUAAUGUAAAUAGUUUACAGAAAGAUCUCUAUGUCCGCAAAAUGUAUUUAUUAGAUAUACUAAAUAUAUAGAUGAGUCUAUGAAAUUAUAUUUAAUCAGUCAUAGCUUAUGUUCUCCUCGUGAAGUUUAUUGAGAGUUUCUAAUAUGUAGUUUGUUUGCACAGCCUAGUCAAUCCAUAGAGUAUUUAGACAUGUUUCUUGUGCCUCGAGGCUUUGGUGUCUGUUGAAUUUGGCACGGUGCUCCUAGGGAAUAAAACGUUUUCUUUGUGGUUGGUUCCAGUUUUUAGCUGUUUCAAGCCAUCUUGCCCUUUGAAUGGUCACAUAAUAAGACAAAAAAAUCAGAAUAACCUUUAAAAAAAAAAAAAUAGGAAGUUAAAAAGCAUAAAAGUGAGAGGGGCCGGUGGCCGGGUCGAGUUUGGCGACAGUUCCUCGUGCGUCGCCCGUUUCCAUCUGCGUGCCUGGGAACCUCAGACAAAAUGGCUGCUCAGCCUGGUGAGAUUUGAGGCCUUUCGCGUGGUCCAGCGUCGCGGCGGGCAGGGAGAGGACGGCAGGUUUCUGAAUGUACACGUCCUCGUCUCUGCAGCGUAGCAGCGCGGUGCCAAAGGAAGCUCCCUGCUCGUGCAUGCGCCACUUCCAGAUCUCCAAGUUUAAAGCAUGAAGAUGGUACACCCAAAAAAAAAAAGAAAAAAACUAAAGAAAACCCGAUUAAAAAAUAGAUUGUUUAGUCUCUUGAGUGUGGAAUGCUGCUUAUAUUUGUCAAGUUGAAUAAAAAAGAUGUCAGAGGAAGUGUGUAGCCAGGCUCAACAAGGGGGCAAUGUAUGGAAAAGUAGCGAGUGGGCAGGUGUGUGGUGUGUUCACCGAGAUGCCAUCUGUCGGUGCGUGCAUGUGUAUACGGUAUGUGUGUGUUUAUUUCGUCACUGUCUUCAGAGAGAAUUCUUUUGGGGUGGUAGAGGGUGGGUGGUUUAAAAACAAAUAUAUAUAUAUAUAUAUAUAUAUACACAUAUAUACAUACAAGGCUGUUUCUGUUCGGGUUUCCUUUUCAUCUGUUUACUAGUAAAAAGCAAAAAAAAACACACAAAAGCCCACUUGAUGAAGACUUCAUGUAUUAACCUGAGCAUUAAUGUCUGUCUAUGGGAGUCUCAUGUUUGCCCCCCCCCCCCCCCUCCCCCUUCAUCCGGGACCUGUUUUGUGUUCUGCCAGUCUACCUGAGUGUGUGUGUAUGUGCGAGUGCGCUCAUUUCCUGUACGGAUGCGUUUGCCGAUCAGCCAUGUGAGAGCGUGACUCCCUCCUCCACAUGCUGCGUUGGCAUUCAUGGUGCACGUCAGGUGUGUGUGUCUGUGUGUGUGUGUGUGUGUGUGUGUGUGUGUGUGUGUGGCGGGGCAACAUAGGAGCAGCUACACGCCAGUAUUGCUCCUCCGCUGCCAACCCAUCCCCGACCCCCCAUCCACCCCCACCCCCCCGAUACAAAGACCCUGGUGCUCUCAGCAUCUGCCUUAAGACGCAGGUGUGGAAUCUCUCAAAGAACAAGACUACAGUCAGACCAGUUGUUUAAGCUACAGCUCUCAGCAUCAGGGGCAACUCGCAUUCUUGUGGAUAUUUGGUUUUUGCACAUUUUGUCUCUGCAUACGAUGUGGCUAAGAAUGCCUUAAAACAAGACACAAAUGUACGACCUAGCAGAAGUGUAUAUGAUGUGUAUGAGUGUUAACGAUAUAGCGACAUGUAUCACAAAGGUCAUUCCUCUUCAUUGUGACGGUCUCAGGCAUGGUGCUUUCAUGCAUUACACACUAAACCCACACACGGCUCCAUGGACGUCGCCGUCGUCACCUGCCGCCUUUCUCCUCAGAAAGGGUCAAAAGUCUAUUUGCUGAAUAAGGUGGACGUUUUGUGCACUUACUUUUUAAGAAAUUGGAGAAUUUGGACACUUCUUCUGAAUAAAUCACUUCAAAUGUGGGGACGUAACCCUUUGACAAUGAGUUGUGGAGCAGCAAUUUAUAUUUGCCAGUGAUAUUAAAGAAAUAAAACAUUUGAAACCCUUGUUUACCUA